AACUAAACUAGUGGGUGUAGUCCGCGGGUCUUCCUGCCCUCAUGUCGGUAGAGGGGCGGGAGCGUUGGCAUGACUUCCCCUCUUUCUGUCGUCACGUCAGGGUUGUAAUUCCACAGACGGUGAUCGCGUGUCCCCCAACCCACACGCUCGACCACCGCGGCUAUUACAACAUUCCUGGAUUAAUCCACGUCCUAUCGGGUGCUGGAAGGGCACAACAUUAAUCGGAGAUGGUAACAGAUGACAUGGAGAUGAACGGCGACGCGGACCCGAACGGCGAGACAGAGAUUCCGCUCCGUGAUCCCCCGAGGAGACGCAUGAACAUGAACCAUUAUGCCAACAAGAAGAGCGUGGCGCAGAGCAUGCUGGAUGUGGCCCUGCUGAUGGCCAACGCCUCGCAGCUGAAGGCCGUGCUGGAGCAAGGCCCGUCCUUCUCCUUUUACACACCGCUCAUCAUUCUCAUCGGCGUCUCCCUCGCCCUGCAAAUCUUAGUGGGGAUAAUGCUCAUUUUCAUCGUUAAGUGGAACCUGAACGACGAACACAUGCACUACAGGUUGAACAUCAUGGAGAACAUGACCACAGCCUUUGUGUUUGUCAUCGUCGUGGUUAACGUUUUCAUCACGGCCUUUGGCGUCCAGCGGCCCAACGAUGACCACAAGCUGUGACCACCUUCAUCUGAAUGCCUUGUGGAUUUAGUCGAAAUGCAUUUACACUCACGGACAGCUUAUCUACUCUGCCUACAAACUGUGAGGAAAAUGGAUACAAAGAUGCUUAUGUCCUGGAAUUUGACCUCGCGGGCUCGAGGAGAGCAAAUGUACGCCCGCCUAGAAUCAAAUGACUCAGUGAACACGAUCCACGUUACAAUGACUGUGUUACUUUUCUAACUGUGGUCAGUAUUGAGUUUAGCUGUUUUCACAUACCGUAAUUUUCUGACUAUAAGUCGCACCGGAGUAUAAGUCGCACCAGCCAUAAAAUGCCCAAAAAAGUGAAAAAAAAACAUAUAUAUGUAUAUAAGUCGCUCCUGAGUAUAAGUCUUCCCCCACCCAAACUAUGAAAAAAAACGCGACUUAUAGUCCGAAAAUUACGGUAAAUGUAUGGUUGUUGUUUUUUAAAUAUCAUGCUCAGGUAGCUGUGGCUUAGCAACUGCCUUAUUACAAAAACAUCUUUUUAGCAAUACUAAGUUUUGAUGCCAUCAUACUGUACAACCCAUACUUCCUUCCCAAAGGUUUGCCUUACUGCACAUCUCAACUAAAGAACCGAACAAGUUCUUGAAGAACUUGACAUGACUUAAAAGCUUUAUUAUUGAAAGAAUAAUUUUCCAUUUACAUCAACAAAGAGACAGAGCUACUUAUUUUAUUGUAUACUUAAUGUGCUAUGCAACCACUACUGUGUAUUUAAGAGAAGUAAUCUGCAUAUUUUAGUUAUAUACAUUAAGGGUCUGUUCAAUUAUUAUUAUUAUUUUUUUAUAGCAUUUUCUAAAGACUAAAGUCUCUUUUGGAUUUUACUAUGACAUAAUACACACUGUGACCACUAUUUUAAAUUAAAGGUAUGAUCAAAACAAACAAAUGGUACCAUUUUGUUUAUUGUCAGAUUGUACAUAGUUCAGAGGACCAAAGUGGCACUUUGUUUAAUCGAAGGCAUCUUAACAUGACAAAAAUAAGAAAAUGGAAGCAGCCACACAAAAGUUAGGAUAUCAGCUAACAUCACUCAGACUAAAAAUAUGAACACACAACUGCACAGAAAUAUAGAAAAAUAAGAAACACAAGGUUAUACGUAUUUGCACGAUAGUUUUACAAACCACCAUACCGUAGCUACUGUUAUGUCCGCAAGCCCUUUUUUAUUUUACUUUACAACAGCCUGAGAUGUACUACCUCAACAAUACCUGUUUGAUUGGGGAAUAAAUCUAGUCAUUACAAGGCACUAUUUGUCAUCUUCUUUUUUUUUUUUUUUAAUUGUCUAAAGGCACUCGAGUGUAAAAAUGUCCAAUUAAUGUCAGCAAUAAAGUCCAUCAAUAUUUUGAAAGGUGAUUUAUGACAUUAAAAAUAUGUGUUGCCUA